AUGCCGGUGUUGAGAAAACGGGCGCAGGGAGACAAUAAAAUCGUUAACGGGCUAUUUAUACAUUCCAAUCCACCCAGAAUUCUUCAGCUGAAUUCGGCCUACAUAAAGCAGCUGAUCCGCAAUGGGGACGUGGAUAAAUUGGAGCAGGCCGUGUUCGAAGGACAAGGGAAGAAAUUGGUGGGAGAAUAUUCGGCGGACUACAAGACGAGGACUUUCCUCAAAUCGAUACCCGCUCUAAUGUCGAAGAUUUCCCUCCUGCACGACGCCGUGAACAGCGACCGCCUGGAGGAGCUCCAGAGCCUCCUCGACGCCGAACGGGACACCAAGAAGCGCAAAAUGGCGACCGCCAAGGACGAAACCGGCGUAGGAUUACUCCACAAAGCCGUUUACUACGAUUUAAAGGACAUUUACAAAUGGCUCAUCGAGAAAUAUCCCUACAUAGUCUCUAUAAGAGAUUCGGAGGGAAGGACAGCUUAUCAUUACACGGCCAUGUGCAAGGAUCCGGGCGUCGUUCAGAAGAUGCUCGUCAACGCCGGAGCGGACCCCGCGGCUCUGGACAAUCACCAUCAUUCCGCCAAGUAUUACAUGGAUCACAAGAACGAACUGGAGCUGCCCAGUUCCCAAAAAUCCACCACCGUUUCGAGAAAAGCCACCGCUCACAAAGACAGUUUGCACUUCAAGAAGUCCAACAUCCGGAUCUGGAUCCACCAGAGGAACAUGGCCAAUCUGCAGCAGGUCGUGUGGGAAGGCCACGGCGGGAUGCUGCUGGUCGAGCACAGCAACAACCCCAAGAUCAAGAGGUUCUUGGAGGUCGUACCGCAUGUUAUGGGGCUGGUGAAGGAAAUCCACAUGGACGUUCAAAACGACGAUUUGGACAAACUGAAGGAACACGCCAGUCCACCCAUACCUCCUGUAGUGCUAGCAGCAAAGGAUAUCAACGGACUUUCCCCGUUGCACAAAGCGGCCGGUUUGGACAAACGAGAAAUAGCCGAGUUCAUAAUAAAAGAGUACCCGGAUGGAGUCAACAGCGUCGACAACGAGGGGCGCACGCCGCUGCACUACGCCGCUUUGCUCAAAGACGACGGGAAAAUGAUGAGUUUUCUGAUAGAAAACGGCGCCGACGAAUCGGCCUUGGACAACAAGCAAAAAACGGCCGGCUAUUACAGAACCAGGCACUCGGAGAUCGACGCCAAGCUGCUGACUGUGGUACCGGAUUGUCCGAGAUCGGCUAAAGAAAAUCUAGCGGCAGCGUUCGAUUGGAACCUGUUAACAUCGUCGCCUUCAUCGAAUUGGCUGCAGAACGGCGCCAAAAAGGCCGAACAUCUACUGCUAGACGCCGGCAAAGACACUAACGAAGAGACUGAAGAAAGCAAAGAUUCUAAUAAAGAGAACGAAGAAGAGCCAGUCGAAAAUGGCGACGACAAACCACCACCGCACGAUGAAGAAAAUUUAGAACAAAACACCGAUAAUCAAUCACCUGUAAUCGAAGCGAAUCAAUCGCUCGAACCCACCGAAACUUCAACAAACGAAACGGAAUCGCCCGAAAAACCCGAAACGCCACCCGAAAAACCCGAAACGCCGCCCGAAAACGAACCUAAAGACCCGCCAGAGGAACCCAAAGAAUCACUAGAAAUCGCCGAAAUAACAGACAACAACAACAACAACGACACCGAAGACCAAGAGAAGCAAAACGAGCCCGAAGAAACUGCCGAUUCGCCGCCGAAUAGCGCUCGACUAAACCGCACCAGACCUAAUAGCACUAGACCUACUAGUACUAGCGCUAGCAGAACGAAAGAGCCGAACGAUUCUCGACCGGCUAGCGCUAGGAGAACCGCCUCGAGCGAGGCCAAGGGCCUCGUCGACGACGACGAGGGCGUCAUUGAAGGCGUCGUUAACGGCGAAAACGAGGUAGAAGCGAUGAACAACGAAGGUAUGAAUGAACCUAGGGCCUCUGAUACCGAUGACGAUGUGAAAGUUUUAGUCGAAACGGGCAACAUGGAGCAACUCGCCGCUAUGGUGUUGAACGGCGAAGGCGAUAGGCUCGUCGGAUUGUCCAGCGACAAUCCGGAUUUGCAGACGUUUUUGGACAACGUACCCACUUAUAUGUCGAAGAUCCACAGGAUACACGAAGCGGCCAGAAACGGGAACCUCAGAGACCUCCAGGCCGCUUUGGAUAGGCGCAAGUUCGCCAUCGCCAAGGACUCGAUAUCUCCCAAAGGCGCUUCUCCGCUGCACGUGGCGGUGAUAUUCGGCAACACCAGCAUAGUCAGGUACCUGGCGGGGCGGUUUCCGGAGACGGUGCAGAUGACCGACGACGACGAGCGGACGCCGUUGCAUUACGCCGCGGUGCUGAACGACAACGGCCACUACUACAACCUGCUGAUCCACUUGGGGGCCGACAUGCGGGCGGAGGAUAAGUUGGGCUUCAAUCCGGAGUACUACAGGAAGAACCAGGAGGAUUUCAAUCACAGGGGCUUGCUGAGGGACUUCGGCGCCGAAGGGGACGAGGCCGAUGGGAUUUUGGCCGAUAAAGAUAAAAUGCUGACGGAGAACGGACAAGCAGACAUGCCUUUUUUCGCCACCGAAGAAGGACGCUACUUGGCCUCUUCGUUAGGAGAUCCUCUCAUCAAAGGACUCACGGAAGUCGCCAACAAGAGACCCGAAGACCCCAUAGCCUACCUAGCGCAGUAUCUGUACAAUUUCGCCAACAACAGGAACAACGUCAGGUCGAGGGGAAAGACUCAGGAAACCAGCCACCAGCAGAUCGUGACCGGUUCCCCAUCGGACGGGAACAACAACAACGCGGUACCGGCCAACAUCGACGUGGUAACGUUGGAGCCGAACGACGAUGACAAAGACGACGAAACCGCGUUCAGCCCCACCAGCAGGGACGAACACGGUCAAAGUAUGCUGCAUUUCGCCGCGGCGAGAUCCCACGGACGCAACGCCUUGUUCCAGCUGCUCCAAGAAACCGACAUCAACAUAGCCUACAGAGACGAAUUGUACCGGACGGCCCGAGACAUCAGCAUCCAGGCCAAUUUGCCCGACAACACCGAGGAGAUCGACAGAUACGUCCUCCACAUCGCCACGCAAGGCGACACCGACAAACUCGUCGAGCUGCUGCUCGACGGCUACGACCACAUCACCGACGUGGCGGACAAAGACGGCGUGCCCAUCGUCGAGGCGGUUUCCAAAGCCGACCAGCCCGACACGGUGUCGUUCCUGCAAUCGAUUCUCGCGUUCGAGGAAAAGAGGGAACGCGUCCACCACGCCAUCCGCCAGGGCUCCCUCAGCGACGUCGCCGCUCUGCUAGCCGACGAAAACGAGACGGGCAGCGGCAAGCUGCUGGCCAUCGGCAAGAACAGCUACGGCCGGUGCUCGCUGCACAUCGCCGUGCUCUGCCAGCAGGAGGAAAUCGUCGACUACUUGGCCAGCACCUUCUCGGAGACGCUAAAACUGGGCGAUAACCUGGAGAGGACGGCGCUGCACUACGCCAUGGGCGUGGACAAGAUGGAGUCCAUCAGCCGGGUGCUGAUCAAGGCGGGGGCGGUGCGCGUGGUGAAGGACCUGAAGGGCCGCCAGCCGACCUACUACUUCUUGAACAAGUCGGACGUGCUGCGGCUGCAGGAGGAGGAGGAGACGUUCUGA